CGCUUUCAAGCUACUCAGAUGGACAAAACACUGAACACAGGAUGUUCCUACCAAGCUUGUCACACAAUGCAAUGACCAAUUCACACCUCAGACCUCUCCAGAGCAACUAAGCUUACAAUUGUAAAAUUAAUGGACAAAACACUGAACACAGGAUGUUCCUACCAAGCUUGUCACACAUUGCAAUGACCAAUUCACACCUCAGACCUCUCCCACCCUUGGAAACAAAAGAUAUGUUAAUGACCAUUCACACCUCAAAUUCC